AUGUUGCUAGCAAUUUUUCUUUCUAUAGCAAUAAGCCUUGCAACGGCUGCAACCUGUCUCGCUAACGAACAAACGCGUAGUUUCAAUGGUGACAAACAUGGGCUAGAGAAAAUUAAACACGUCGUCUUGUUCAUGCAAGAGAACCGCGCAUUUGAUCAUUAUUUUGGAACCAUGCCAGGUGUACGUGGUUUUCAAGACCCCAAUGUUCACAUAUCAAAACAUACAGGGAAAGACGUGUUUCAUCAGCCUGUGAGUAAGUCCAUGUGGAACGGUGGAAGCCUACAGCCGUUGUGGUACUACCCGCCCAAAGGUGUGAACGAACUAAAGCCUUUUUAUUUGGCAUGGCAAGGUGGCGAUUGGGUGAACCGCACUCAAUGUAUGGUCGCUGGAACCAAUGACUGGAGACAGAAUCAUCAAGCCUACAAUAAAGGCGAAAUGGAUCAAUGGGCUAUUGCAAACACACCCUACAGUAUUGGAUAUGUUCGGAAGGAUGAAAUCCCAGUACAGUACAUGCUUGCUGAUACAUUUACGAUUGGAGAUAUGUAUUACGAAUCAGUCAUGUCCUCAACGGAUCCGAACCGUGUCUCUUGGUUUUCUGGGACAAUCAAUCCGCCACAUGGCAGUAGUGUCAAUGGUUCAAACAAGCAUAUGGGAGGCCCAACAUUUGACAAUAGCGAAAGUCCAGGAUGUCAACAUUCAGACUCAGGUGGUGUUUUCUCUUGUAUGCCUCUACGUUGGAAAACUGUGCCAGAAUAUUUUGAAGAAGCAGGUAUUUCGUGGCAAGUCUAUCAGGAUAAAGACAACUUCGGUGAUGAUCCACUGGUAUUUUGGUCGCAGUACCAGACUUCAGCGAAAAAGAAGGGGUCACUCGCUAAGCAUGGUACUUCUCAUCCCGGUCUAGAGAAAUUUUAUGAGGACGCUCGCAAUGGCAACCUGCCGGAGGUAUCAUACAUUGUUGGACCUACAGAACUGUCAGAACAUCCACCUUAUAUGCCUAUUGAUGGUGCAUGGUUGCAAGGAGAGAUUGCAAAUGCAGUAAUGACAGGGAAAGAUUGGGAUUCCACUGUUUUAAUAUAUUCGUUCGACGAGACAGGUGGUUGGGCUGAUCAUAUCGUUGCUCCGCUCCCUCCGAAGAACGUCGAAAGUGAAUGGGUCGACGAUCCGUAUGAUGCAUCUAUCGGGAAGGCACCUAUUGGCCCUGGCUUCCGCGUACCCUUUUACAUUGUAUCACCAUGGACUCGAGGCGGGCACGUUUUCACUGAGCACGCUUCGCACGAAAGUCAAAUCCUCUUUUUGGAGCAAUGGGCUGCGGCAAUUGGCAAGCCUUUCAAAUCGAAGGAAAUCACACAAUGGCGUCGCAACCAACUAAGUAAUUUAGUCAAGGCGUUUGAUUUCAGCGAUUCAAACACAAACGUACCUUCCGUCCCACACGUACGCACGCCUUCGAAGGACCUUAUCACUGGCGAAUACAAUGGCGCAGAUGUGUGUCAAGCCGUGUUUUUCAAGCAUGUGCAACCGAAGCUGCCUUACAAGAAAUUAGAUUCGAGCAAUUCAAUGGAAGUAACCAAAGGAUUUAAACGACUACGUGGUGACGUGACGGAAGGUCGUCGCCUUACAUUUGAAGCCUAUGGAUAUGCGCUGAGCCAUUCAAAGUCGAAGCUCAAGUCUAGCUCUUCAAAACAAGAGCAUAAUGGAAAGGAUCAACUCUUUAUCGUCCAUUGGCAAGGCUCAGAGCCAAAAGACAACCGUUUCUGGAUCUCAACCACCGACAAACGCUACUUAAUGGAUUCACUAUCGCUCUCGAAGAAUGAAAAUGAGGCCGCCACUUUCUCGUUGAAAGAUCUUGGAAAUGGCGCUGGAUACGCAGUGACGGAGUUGAGCUCUGGCAAGCGAUUGCAAUUGGGUCAGGAUGGUUCCGUAUAUUUGGGUGGAGAAAAUACAUUCCACAUUUAUAGUGUGACUAUUUAA